AUGGCUGAUGAAGCUACAUACCCUUAUACUAUGCAAGAUGCACAAAAUGCAUCAAAUCCCCUAUACAUCCACCCAAAUGAGAGCCCAUCCACCAUCCUUGCUUCGCCACUGCUCUCAGAUGGGAAUUAUCAUAGUUGGUCUCGUGCGAUGAAGAUGAGCCUGUUGACAAAGAACAAGCUAGGAUUCGUUGACGGCACGAUUGCAGAACCACCUAAGAAUCAUGCAGUUUUACCUUUCUGGGAACGAGGUAACAUGCUUGUUCUUAGCUGGCUGAUAAAGUCGAUGAGUGUGGAGAUUGCGCAGUCCAUUCUUUGGCGUGAGAAAGCCUCAGACGUGUGGAAGGAGCUUCAUGAGCACGUUUCCCAUGCUGAUCUGUUUAGAAUCUCAGAAAUUCAAGAGGAAAUCUUCAACCAGAGGCAAGGUGAUAACUUUGUCUCGAAAUUUUACACUGCACUGAAAACCCUAUGGGAUGAAUUAGAUGUUUUGAAUCCUCUUCCUCAAUUUGCCACUGAGAAUGCUUCUGUGCCAAAGGCUCUUCUUGUGGUAGGUGAUGAUACAUCAAACUCCAAGAGAAAUCAAGGGAGUGGUAAUGGUUGGAAUAACAGAUACACUUCCAAGAAAUGUUCCUGGUGUGGAAAAAUGGGUCACAUAGUUGACAUUUGUUAUAGGAAACACGAUUUCCCUGCUGGUUUUAAGUUCAAGAAUUCUAAAAACAAUGCUCCAAGAUCUGCAAAUAUGUUGAUGGCUAAGAAAAAUGAGACCAACUGUCCAAAUGAUUCAUCAAGAAAGGAUACACAAGGAGAUGCAUGGUUUCACUACAAAAAAAAUGUUAAAUAA